CACAACACAGGGGAAAACAAAUUGAUCCAAAAUUCAUCCAUCUUCUCACACCAGUUGCCCAACUGGUUUUUAACGGCAGUGGAGGCGUAUAAAAGUGCUCUUUUGAUUGUCUGGACCAGUGAGGACGUUUUCUGUGCUUGUGCAGGACUGAAACUGCUCAAGAUGCUGCUGUCGCUGUUGCUGCUACUGCAAUGGUCCUUAACAAGUGGAGCCACCGAUCCUAUAUAUCUGGUGGCAGUCACUUCCCAGGCCGUGUCUGGCAGCACGGAGACAUUGUGUGCACAGAUCCAUGAGCCCACUGAACCAGUUUCUCUAGUGGUGACUUUGAGGUCUGAUGUUCAGAACAUGACCAUUCUCCAACAACGCUCCAUAACCAGGGAUUUCUACACAUGUGUCACUUUUAAGGUCCCACUAGUCACUGUGGAGUCUGUGGCAUCCAUCAAUGUUACAAUCCGAGGACAGUCAACAUUCAUGAAUAAAACCACUCAGAUCCUCAUUAGUCCACCCCAAAAACUUCUUUUUAUUCAGUCUGACAGACCUAUCUACAAGCCCGGACAAACAGUUAAAUUUCGUAUUGUGUCUCUGGAUACCAAGUUCUUGCCUUACAAUCAAGUGUUUAAAACUGUGGAACUUCAGGUAUAAAAUCUUUCAAGUCACCAUAUUUUUUCAUUGCUUUACUCACUUAAAUCGAAUACCCUGCUUUUGAUCACCCUUAAACCAUUCUCUAUGUAUAUGACUCUCUUCCUUCAGACAAACAAAGCUGGUGCAGUUUUAAAUUUUAUCUUGGCUCUUCCGUGCUGUAUAAUAGAUAGUUUCCCUUUUUAAGCUCCAAAAAGUGCAUAAAUCCAUCAUACGACUAA